ACACGGAGAAUGGGAAUAUCCAAUCACGUUAUCAAUCAAUUAGAAAACGUUGAGGAAAAGAAAAUCGAUUUACCUGUGAUAAAUAAUACAGAAUUAAGGAAGCAAUUAAUAACGCGUAUCGAACAUUUAACUUUAACCAUAAUCGAACAAAUAUCUUCGGGUCGUCUACCGCAAAUUUCAUACUCCCAACCACGAAAUUACGGUCGAGCAGAGGUUGAAAUGAUCGAGAACGAUCCCGAAUCACAAUUUUACGAAGAACCUGAACGAAACACCGAAGAAACCGAAAGAAAGGGAACGAGAAGAGUGACGCAAGACUUUGCCAGCAAAAGAGGCAAAGACAAGUUUGCUUUAAUGAUGACGGUGAUGGCCACAGCGCAUCGUUUGCUAAUUACAAACACAACCCUCACGAGACGGUCCCUUUAUUACGACCUGAAAAACGAGAGGACCUCGAAUUUAGUUCCAGAGCAAAGAUGCUUGGACCAAGCGGUGCAUCACGUUGCUAAUUUGCUUAAUUGCGCGCCAUGGGAGCUCAAUUUGUUGCCAACGUCGAAGGGACUGGUGGCAGGUGAAUUAACCCUUGCGCUGGCUGACGAUCGAAUUAUCGAUUGCACCGUGCCAGGGGGUGCAUUGAUCCCUCACCUAGCCUCAAACUAUGUAAUUUCCGCUCGAAGCAGGGCCAAAUUGGUGUUGAUCGUCGAGAAGGAUGCUGUCUUUCAAAAAUUGUUAGAGGACGAUUGCACCUCCUCUCUGAAUUGCAUCUUGAUCACGGGGAAAGGAUAUCCGGAUGUUGCAACGAGGAUGCUCGUCAAACUGCUGUCCGAGAAAUUGGAACUUCCGGUUUAUAUAAUCGUCGACGCGGAUCCAUUCGGCGUGGACAUCAUGUGUGUUUACCGUUUCGGCUCGGCCGCGUUAUCCAGAGAGAGGGAGACUUUGGCCUGUUCGAACGUACGAUGGCUUGGAAUACAUCCGUCCGAGUUGCUCGCUUUGGGUGUGAAUACCGCCCCCCUCACGGAAUUCGAUUUAUCGAAAUUGACGGCCCUCGAAGGCAGGCCUUAUUUGACUGGCGCGUUUCUCAGAGAAGUUGGGGUGAUGCGAAGGUUGGGAAAGGCGGAGAUAGAGAACGUAUCCUCCUCGAGAAAAUUUCUCGUCUCCACUUAUCUGCCUUGCAAGAUCAAAGGAACGAUUACGUUUAAUAUAGGAAAGAUAAUACAGAUUAAUUUAUAACGAAAAGAAAAAAAAUUAUAAUACUUACGUUUAAUUGUAAUUUUGCGGAAGAGUAAUAUAUUAUCCAUGACAGUUUGAUGAUUUCGAUGAAA